UGUACUCCGUAUCCUUUUAUUUAUUUUUAUCCUCUACAAUCACAUCAUCAGAGUUGAACAAUACACACUACUAAGUACUAAGCUUUUGGGUAGAACUUUGAUUGGCAGUGAAGUGGUGUGUGAAUCAGACAUGGCAACUCGCAAGAUUUCUUCUCUGCUCUCUCGUUCUCUGUCUUUGUCUUCUUCUCCUCCCCUUUCUUUUCGUAAAGGCUCGAAUUGGGGUAGAUACUUUAGUCGAUAUAGCACAGCUGCUGUAAUCGAAGAACCUAUAAUUCCUAAUGUGGAUAUCAAACACACACAACUUCUGAUCAAUGGAAAAUUUGUUGACUCAGCAUCUGGAAAGAAAUUUCCUACAUAUGAUCCUCGGACUGGGGAUGUGAUAGCCCAUGUUGCUGAAGGUGACGCAGAAGAUAUCAAUCGUGCAGUUGCUGCUGCUCGUAAAGCUUUUGAUGAAGGUCCAUGGCCUAAAAUGACAGCUUAUGAAAGAGUGCGGAUCAUUCUGAAAUUUGCUGAUUUGGUUGAGAAACACAGUGAGGAGCUUGCUGCCUUAGAGACGUGGGAUAACGGGAAGCCUUUUCAACAGGCUUUCAAAUCAGAACUUCCAUUGUUUGUACGAUUAUUUCGCUAUUAUGCUGGUUGGGCAGAUAAAAUUCAUGGUCUGACGGUACCUGCUGAUGGUCCAUACCAUGUACAAACAUUGCAUGAACCGAUUGGUGUAGCCGGGCAAAUCAUACCAUGGAACUUUCCUCUCAUCAUGUUUGCUUGGAAAGUUGGCCCUGCCUUGGCAUGUGGCAAUACUAUUGUCUUAAAGACUGCCGAGCAAACUCCAUUGACUGCUCUCUUAGUUGGGAAACUCUUCCAUGAGGCUGGUCUUCCUCCUGGUGUGUUGAAUAUAGUUUCUGGCUUUGGUCCAACAGCUGGUGCUGCACUUGCAAGUCAUAUGGAUGUCGAUAAGAUUGCUUUCACUGGAUCUACUGAAACUGGACAGACAGUUCUUGAACUAGCAGCUAAGAGCAACCUUAAGCCAGCAACUUUGGAGCUCGGAGGAAAAUCUCCUUUUAUUGUAUGUGGGGAUGCUGAUGUCGAUAAAGCAGUGGAACUUGCACAUUUUGCUCUCUUCUUUAAUCAGGGCCAAUGUUGCUGUGCUGGCUCCAGAACUUAUGUGCAUGAGAGUGUGUAUGAUGAGUUUGUGGAAAAAGCAACUCAACGUGCCAAGAGACGUUCUGUUGGAGAUCCCUUUAAGAGUGGCAUUGAGCAAGGUCCUCAGAUAGAUACGGAGCAAUUUGAAAAAGUUAUGAGGUACAUAAAAUCUGGUACGGAGAGCAGUGCCAAACUCGAGUGUGGAGGUGAGAGAUUUGGAUCUAAAGGUUUCUUUGUCCAACCCACUGUCUUCUCAAAUGUUCAGGAGGAUAUGUUAAUUGCACAGGAUGAGAUAUUUGGCCCAGUACAGUCUAUCUUGAAAUUCAGGGAUCUUGAUGAUGUGAUUCGGAGGGCAAACACCACUAGGUAUGGCCUAGCAGCGGGAGUAUUCACUCAGAACCUCGACACUGCCAACAAAUUAUCACGAGCACUGAAAACCGGGACAGUGUGGGUGAACUGCUUUGAUGUUUUCGAUGCUGCAAUUCCUUUUGGUGGGUACAAGAUGAGCGGUAUGGGCAGGGAGAAGAGUGUAUACAGCCUCAACAACUACCUGCAGGUGAAAGCGGUUGUCACUGCUCUGAAAGAUCCAGCUUGGUUGUAAAUUGUAAGUUUAAAUUGUAAUUAUAUAAGGCCGUUCCAUGCAAUCCUGCUAGUCCUUGUCUCAUAUUUUCUGAAGAAAAUACAGAGUAUAACUCCAAAUUUCCAAUAUCCUCCCACAAUUAUCAGGCUUGUUUUCUGUAGACAACCUUACAGCGGCUUUUUAUCUGUAUAUCAUUGGUUUUUAUGCCGAUUGUGUAGUUGCUAUUUAUACAAACAUGUAGUCAGAUAUAGUCAGUUAGUUGGUUUAGUCCUGUGUAUUGCUUUUAAAAUCGGGAUUUGGAUUGUACACCUCUUAUUACAUGAAAUACCAGCCAAGAUCAACAGUUGCCUUGACCACAGUAAAACAAUGUAUUAUACGUAGUAGUUAUAUUAUUAAUAAAAAUAUUUACCUAA